CGCGACAGUGGCCGAUAGUAACGCUAUAUAGAUAAUAUUUCUCCCUUACUUAAUUCUUUCGAUUUUCCUUCCUAAACUAAGGGUGCGCGUCCUUAUUCUUUUACCCGAAAUAAUGUGUAAAUUCGCGUCGCAUGUGUGUUGAGUGUCGGAGCGAAGGUGGAAUACAAUACCCUCACCACGCCAAGCUAAGAUGAUCUUGGUGUUCCUCUUCGCGGUCCUCUCCUGUUUCGCGAUUCGGGGGACGACCGCGUUGCAUUCAGAGACCAAGGAAGAGUUCUCAGACCCUUACAAACCCCACGAAAAAUGCGAACCUCUCACGAUCAAUCUUUGUCUCAACUUCCCCUACAAUUACACCAUCAUGCCAAACCUGUUGGGUCAACACAAGCAGGAGGAUGCAGGCCAGGAAGUGCAUCAAUUCGCACCCCUCGUCAAGAUGAAAUGCAGCUCUGAUAUGAGAUUUUUCCUCUGUUCAUUGUACGCACCGCCGUGCACAAUUCUGGGAAGAUCACUUCCGCCCUGCAGGUCACUUUGUGAAAAUGCGAAGAAGGGUUGCGAGCAUUUGAUGAAUUCUUUCGGAUUCGACUGGCCCGAGACGUUUGCUUGCUCCGGAUUCCCGGUUUAUGGGGGUGAUGAAUUGUGUGUCGGACAGGACGAGGAUACACCCUCGGAGCCGACGAUUGAUACCCAUCCGAGGAUGCCUGUUGCGGAGUUUCAACCCUCGUCGCCCUGGUCGAACGGAGCCAGGUCGUUUGAGCAGAGCUAUGGACCAAUACAGGGUGGAAAAUUGCAUGGGUUCGUGUGUCCGGUGCAGUUUAAGGUUCCCCAUGGAUUAGGGUAUUCUUUGAAGGUCGGGGAGAAGGUGGAAUACAACUGUGGAGCACCUUGUGAAAAGAUGUUUUUUUCGGAGAGAGAACUGAAAUUUGCGAGGGUCUGGAUUGGUACUUGGGCAGCACUUUGUGCAGCUUCGUGCUUUUUCACUUUUCUCACGUUUUUGAUCGACACCGAGAGGUUCAGAUAUCCAGAGAGGCCGAUAAUAUUUUUAUCAGUCUGCUACUUGAUGGUAGCUCUGGCAUACGUAAUCGGCUGGGCUGCCGGGAACGCGAUUUCAUGUCGAGAACCUUUCCCACCUCCGCUGAACAUGAAAGUUCGGAUGAUAUCUCCUAUAACUCAGGGCACAAAACACGAACUCUGCACUCUAUUAUUCAUGGUUCUCUACUUCUUUGGAAUGGCUUCCAGCAUCUGGUGGGUCAUCCUGACUCUAACCUGGUUCCUAGCUGCUGGACUUAAAUGGGGACACGAAGCAAUAGAGGCGAAUUCGCAAUAUUUUCAUUUGGCUGCCUGGGGAGCACCAGCUAUUAAGACUGUGACAAUUCUCGCCAUGGGAAAAGUCGAAGGCGACAUACUAUCUGGAGUUUGUUACGUUGGUCUCUGGAACGUCGAAGCACUUCGUGGAUUCGUUUUAGCGCCUCUCUGCGUCUAUCUCGUACUCGGCACAGCCUUCCUCCUCGCUGGAUUUGUUUCCCUCUUCAGGAUUCGUACAGUCAUGAAGCAUGAUGGAACCAAGACUGACAAAUUGGAAAAGCUGAUGAUCAGAAUCGGAACAUUUUCCGUGCUCUACACAGUGCCGGCUUUGAUAGUUAUCGCCUGCCUUUUCUACGAGCAGGCCUAUUUCGAUCACUGGAUGCUCACCUGGAACAAGGACAUGUGCAACCUCAUCUCCUACGCGAUACCCUGUCCUCUCGGUGAUGCCACAAGUCGACCUGAAUUCGAGGUCUUUAUGAUCAAGUAUCUCAUGGCUAUGAUCGUAGGUAUCACCAGUAGCUUCUGGGUUUGGUCGAGUAAGACACUCACCACCUGGCGACUGUUUUUCAAUCAUGUACGUGGCCGGCGUACCACCGCCUACGUUUAGAACUUCGAAUUUAACGCCAGAUUUAGAUCCAAGCUUUUCAAAUUCAUUGUACCGAUUGGGUACGGAUAUGGUCUUGAUAUUUACCAGACGAAAAACUAAAAUCACUGAUGGAUGAAUUCGUGUUUACGUAGAGUUCUUAAAUGCCCAAGCAUUUGUUGUUUAAACAAAUAUAUUUCAUAAUAUAUAUUUUUGACAAGCACUCUCUGGAGUCAAGUUAACAUAUACUUGUUUUAAAUUAUAUACUGCUUAAUGCGAGAAAUAUUUUUUAUAUUUUACUUAUAAAUAGUUUGAAAUUAGCGCCUUUUUUAAUAGGACGCUUGUCAUACGGAGCUUGCGCACUAGGAAAGCCUUGGUAUUUUUAGGUUAUGUUAAUCAAUUUGUGUGUUCUGCGCAGUCAGGAUAUGCGCAGGUCCAAGCUCAGGCAGCUCUUGUUUCAGGCGAUUAAUUUCCCGCGAAAUUGAAAUAAUUCAAUUAUUAUUUGGGUUCUUUUUGAUAAAUUUAGCUAUUUAGCUAUAUACAUUUUUUGAGACCUGGAAAUGACUCAAUUUAUUUUUGCCCCGGGAGUUUUAGCCAUUUUUAAAACAAAAAUAUACCCAAUCACUUAAAAUAUC